AUGAGGGCAGUUACAUAUCGCAACGAGCCGUCUGUAUUUUCAAUCGAUGACGAUUCGAGUGAUGAAAGUGGUGGCACACUAUUCAACAAGACAGGGGGUAAAGAAGAGCUUCUUCUGAGUGAACAAGCUGAAUUCAUCGAGCAUUUUCAAUGUCAUGAAUUAGCAGAAAACAAAAUGAUGAUUCCAUCUCAUAUUGCUAUCACACGUACCCACAUGCAUGUGCUACGAGAUGUGGAUGGAAAGGCAGGUUACGUUACUACCGAAGCUCGACAUGCCCUGUCGUCCAUUCUUCGCGUCACCAGCAAGAAGAAAGUCCCAGAACUGCUGACCUUCAAAUUUGGUUACGAAAUCAGUGGUGUUUCAAAGAUCACAGCUGUGCAUAGGUACGUGUUCUUUUGCAAAUUAUUCUCAUUUUGA